AUGUUCAAAGAUACAGUAAUCCUUCUCUUAAUAUGUCUUCUCUCAACUACAAAAUCCUCAAAUUUGAUAGAAGAUAUAACGGAUAAGGAAGUCGCAAUGGCAGAUGCCGACGAUCAUUUACAAACAUUCCCCACACCUCCUCCAAUUGGAACAACCACAAGCUCAGGGGAUGCACUUUUCACUAGAAUGAAUGAGAUUUUGAGGAAAGAAGACAAACAGAAGUCUCAGAAUUUUCAGAUCUUCAAUGAGCAAGACCUGGUAACAAAUUCGAAUUCCAACCCAUAUUUCUCGACAACCAGGAAGCCUAAAAAUCGCUCAGAUUCUAUGCAAAAAGCUCGGGAUCCUGAUGGACACAAUCAAGUUAUAGCUGGAAUUCCAGAUUUGAGCGAUCCAUGCUUCCGUCGCUACGAGAACUCGAUCGUCGUGAACGCGCAGCCGUACGAAAGACGCUCAUCAACGGGACUAAUCCAUUGCAAAUCGCACUGUCUGAAUAGCCAAAUCGGUGUUUAUACCUGUCGAUCGUUUGUUUAUGACAACGUGAAUCGGUUCCAAACUCGUGAUUAUUUUGAACCAACGGAUAUUGUUCAUUGCUUAUCAAUUAUCAAUAAGCCCUCUGAAGAUCCCCAUACAGAUUCAGAUUCAGAAGACGUGGAUCCUCCAAGUCCUCCUCCUCCAUCAUCUCCAAUCAAGGCCCUGGCAACUAAUACAGAUACCAGGGAUGAGAAAAUUCCAGAACCCCAGAAUCCAGAGGACGUUGUCACAUCUUCUGAAUCCUUGGACACUUGUCCACGUGGAAAGCAAUCCACAUUUUUGAGAACUGAAGGAUUUGAACUGUUUAAGCAUGAUGAGCAAGAGAUGGUUGUGGAGGAUGUGGCUGAAUGUGCAAAGGCGUGUAUUGAGAAUAAGGUUAACGGUGUAGCUCUAACAUGCAAAAGCUUCGACUUCCUCACAACCACGUCCACGUGUUCGUUCACUUCUGAAGCAGCUGUACCUGUGGGAAAUGGGCAAUUGAAGCAAAAAGAUGAGGCAUCGUAUCAUGAGAAAAUUUGUGUGUCCAAGGACUUCGUGGAAACCUGUCCCUCGACAUUCUUCUCCCGACACCCUCAAAUGAUUCUGGUUGGAUUCGCAGAAUCAGUUUCUGAUUCUCCCUCUUUCGAACAUUGUUUCGACACGUGUAUCAACAGUUAUCAGUUGUUUGGAUUCAAUUGUACUUCGGGAAUGUAUUAUUUUGAGGAAAAUCAACUGAAUUGUAUUUUGAAUUCCGAAAAUCGAAAUACACAAUCCGAAUUGUUCACAGAGGAAAAUACGGAUAUUGUCGACUAUUUUGAGGUUGAAUGCACUCGGCCGAAGACUGAAAAAGUGUUCAAAAACGAAAAAUGUCGGGAGUCAGAAAUUUUGAAAAUCGAAGAUUGCGCUGAGGAAGUUCGAGAUUGUGAAGAGCCAAUCGGCAUGAAAUUGUCUAUUCGGAGAUCUGAAGAUUUAGAAGAUUCUGGAGUUCUGAAAAAUGGGGAAAACGGAGAAGAAGUUAAUGGAGCGGACGUCGAGGAAGAAGAAGAUCCAGUGCCAACGAAGGAGGAAAUCGCCGAAGUGAAGCAGAAAAUCCGUCGGACCGGCUUCAAAUGUCCGUUAAACGAGUGCUGUCAAGUUUUUAUGUCUUGUUCGUAUGGAUUAAGACACAAUUCACACACAAAACAACUGGAAUGGUGCCGCCGACCGUGUAGUUCGGAGGUCAAAUCGUUCAGACGAUCGCGCCUGUUGCGGAGGUAG